AUGAACGUUUUAGACUGGUCCUGCAAUAAUCUCCUUGCCGUAGCUCUCAAUAAAGCAGUUUAUUUGUGGUCAGACACCAUAAAACCUGCAAGAUUUUUACAUGAUUUAUGUGAAGAAUCAGCCUCUUCUUUAUCAUGAAGUCCACAAGGUACCCAUCUCGCAAUUGGAACUUCCCAAGGCAAGCUUUUCUUAUACGACGUAGAAAAAGAGUACCCGCUCCGCUGCUUUAAAGGCCAUAAUUCUCGUAUCGGCACUUUAUCUUGAAAUAGCGUCGUUUUGUCAUCAGGCUCCCGUGACCAAAUAAUCCUCCAGCACGACUUCAGGUCACCUUCCAACUAUUUUUCUAAGCUUUCAGGACAUAAACAAGAAAUCUGCGGCCUUAAAUGAAGUUUUGACGGAGAACAGCUGGCAUCAGGCGGCAAUGACAAUAAAAUUUUUUUAUGAAGUUCUCGAAGUUCCAGCCCUGUCGAAAAAUUUUCAAGCCACACGGCAGCAGUCAAAGCAAUAGCUUGGUCGCCACAUCAACGAGGCCUUUUAGCUUCAGGUGGGGGAACUGCUGACAAGACAAUUAAAUUUUGGGACACUUUUACCUUAAAAGAACUAGCCUCAUAUAACACAUAUUCCCAGGUCUGCAACAUAAUGUUUUCUAAGACUACAAAUGAGCUUGUAUCAACACAUGGGUUUUCUCAACACGAAAUUACUGUCUGAAGUUACCCAAAUAUGCAGAAAAUAGGAACUAUGUUGGGACAUACCAAAAGAGUCUUAUAUUUAGCUAUGUCAGCUGACGGACAAAAUAUCGUGACAGGGGCUGGCGAAGGCGACGAAACUUUAAGGUUUUGGAAUGUUUUUCCAGGAAAUUGCGAAAAUUUCGGAGACUUUAAUUUUUUGAUGGAAAAUGAAGAAUUUAGAUAA